GCUGGUCACACUGGCGAAAGUAAAAUAAAAAAAAUUAGUUUUAUUUAAUUUCUUGCGAGCGAGCCACGAAAAUGACGAACGCCUAGUGCGAUUGCCCAAAACGACCCACUGAACCAACCGCACCGCACCGCAGCGAACCGCAUCGAAACGAACGAACGGAGGAGGAGCAGGUGGCCGCCAGUUAGAGCAGCCAUGACGAUGACCGCCUCGGAUAAAUACACGUACCAGCGGACCGUUCUCUGCCUGGCCCGCGUUCUGGCGGGCAUCCAGCCCACUCCCUGGGAUAAGGUGCAGACCCUGUUCCGGUAUUGCCCGCAGGAGAAUGCCGCCGGAGUGUUUUGCCUGGACACGCGGGCCCAGGAUGCCGUGAUUGCGCUGGGCAUUUACUUCCUGGAGGGCGGCUGCCAGCACGAGGGUCAGAUUGUGCCCUACCUGCUGCGUCUGGCCAAGUGCCUGCCGAAGGCGGUCUGGAUUGACGAUGCCCGGAGCAACAAAGUGGAACGCGUUCGCAUUCCGUCGGCGGAGAAGUUCAGCUUCUGCUUGAACACCCUGCUGUCCGACAUAGCGGCCAAGUGCCCGGAUUCGCGCGAGGAGAUCAUCCUGAACCAGGUGGAAACGCUGAGCGCGCUGGCCAACAUAGUCAAGUCGAGCAGGGACAGCAGCUCCGCGCCGCCGCCCAUCAUCCUGUGCAAGGCCACGGUGCCGCUGCUCUUCGGCCUGGCCCGAUCGAUGGGUCGCUAUGCCAGCAACGAUCCGCCGCUGCUGUGCCGCAUCUUCCCGCCCGAGCUGCUGCCCAUCCAGAAGGGCGGCGGCCGCGACGGCACCGGCUCGAGCAGCAGUGCCAGCGGCACCUGCGGCGGCUCCUUCAGCAGCAGCGAGCGCCUGGCGGCCACGCAUCACUUCCGACCCAUCAUACCGCGCUCCAUGUCCGGCAGCCUGGCGCAGGCCCAGAACGCAAGCUACGACGAUGGACGGCAGCGGUACGCGGGCGGCAAGCCCAGCAAGCCCUCGUUGCACAGCUACUUCUCGGUGCCGUACGAUCCGCGGACGCACUUCUUCACGCGCUACGGCUCCAGUUUCAACCAAUUCCCCAACAUGCGCGUCUGCGAAUCGCCCACGAAGGGCGGCCCACGACCCCUGUAUCGUGUGCCUCCGUUUCCCAUCCAGCAUCUGCAGACCAUUUUCGCGGUGUCCAAGAAGCUGCUCACCAAGGACACCCUCGAACAUCUCGACGAGCAGGCCAGCGACAUAUUCUCGCUGCACCAAAUCAAGGGCUAUUGCUACAAGAGCUUCUCGGAAACGCUGAACCUGGUGCUGGUGACCCUGCUCCGGGAACUGCUGCAGCAUCAGGUCGACCUGCCCACGCCGUUCACCAAGGACGUGCAGGAGUUCGUCAAGCGGCUCUUCCUCAACGGGCAGACGGAGCUGCAGAACAAGCAGCAGGAUCAGGAGCGCGAGCGGCGCGAGGAGAACGGCAUCGCGGUGGUCAACAAGUACAAGGUCAAUGUGAUGGCCAAUGCGGCGUGCGUCGACCUGCUGGUUUGGGCCAUUCGCGACGAAACGGUUGACGUCGACUAUAAUGUGCCAUCCCUGCAGAAUGGCUUGCAAUUUUUAUUGAAGAAAGAGGCGGACAAGCUGUGCGGCCGGCUGUCGCAGAAGCUGAACCUGGAGCUCAGCCACAAGAUCGUGAUGGAUCACAUGCCGCUGCUGAUGGUUUGCCUGGAGGGACUGGGCAAGCUGGCCCACAAGUUUCCCAACAUAGCCGGCACCUCGAUCUCGUAUCUGCGCGACUUCCUUGUGGCGCCCAGUCCCAUUCUGGGCAAGCUCCACGACCAUGCCAUGCAAUCGCUGGCCCAGCAGAAGAAGGAGAAGGAACUGACGCCCUUCAAGAUCGCGGUCCAGCACUCGGACUCGCGGACGGCGGUCGUCAUCUACGGGGAUAAUCAAAAGCCGCCGGGCAGCGGAACCGGUCGCAGUGGUCAUGCCGCCUUCGAGUCACUGCGCGAUGCGGCCAUCGAGAAUCUAUCGAUCGCCCUGCGCGCUGCCCACACCCUGGACCAGUUCUGUGUGCCAGCUCUGGUGGCCAACGUCUCCAAUCGGCUCUUCACAGCCGAAAAGUCUGGAAGUGAAUCGCAAGGCGAGUGCCACAAAUCCAACCUGGUCAGCCUGAACAUCAUCGUGAUGCUGGGCCACGUGGCCGUGGCGCUGAAGGACACCUCGAAAACGACGCAGAACAUCCUGCAGUUCUUUAUCCAGCGCUUCUGCAAGGUGCCAUCGGAGCAGAACGCCCUGAUUGUGGAUCAGCUGGGCUGCAUGAUCAUCUCGCAGUGCGAAACGCAUGUCUUCGAUGAGAUCAUGAAGAUGUUCUCGCGCGUCACCGUGCAAUCGGCGUCGUUGGCGUACACCUCGGAUCCGGAGCACCGGAAGCAAUUCCAUCACGUCUCGGAUGCGGUGGUCAAUGCAUUGGGCAACAUCGCGGCCAACAUUCAAGGGGAUGCCGAGAUGCUGGAGCUGCUGGGCAAGCUGCUGGAGCUGUUCGUCCAGAUCGGCUUGGACGGCGAGCGCAGCUACGACAAUACACCGGGCGCCCAGAAGGCCAGCUCGCGUGCUGGCAAUCUGGGCAUGCUUAUACCGGUGAUUGCGGUACUGGUGCGCCGCCUGCCGCCGAUCAAGAAUCCCCGCCAGCGACUGCACAAGCUAUUCAAGGACUUCUGGGCCUACUGUGUCGUGAUGGGCUUCACCAACGCCCGCCUCUGGCCAGCGGACUGGUACCAGGGCGUGCAGCAGAUAGCGGCCAAGUCGCCGCUACUCAUCUCGCAGACAGCCCACAAGUCGGAUAUGCGGGAGCUCAACUACACGCUGGCCAUCAAGAGCGAUUCGGUGAACGAGCUGCGUAGCCAGAUCCUGGUGCUCCUCGAGCACUCCUCGGACAACGUGGCCACGGCGAUCAAUAAGCUCUCAUUUGCGCAGUGCACGUACCUGCUGAGCGUUUACUGGCUGGAGAUGCUGCGCGUGGAGAAUGCGGAUGAGCCGAGUCUGGAGCCGAUCAUGAGCUACCUCUGCGACACGGCGCUCCAGAGGGACAAGACGGGCAUCUGGCAGUGCGUCAAGUGCGUUGCCGACCAGGUCUUCGAGAAGUUCCGCAACGUUCUAUACGCCCACGACGAGAUCCGCGAAAAGGUGCUGGAGUCGCAAGCCACGCUGCUGCUGGUCUACUUCAACCACAUCCACAAACCCAUCCAGAUGGUGGCCGAUCAGUACCUCUCCUUCCUGGUGGAUCGCUUUCCCCACUUGCUCUGGAAUCGCCGCGUGCUGUGGUGCAUGCUGGACAUCCUCCAGCUGCUGGCGUACUCCCUCAGCCUGGACCCCAACGAGGAGACGCCCACCUUGCGGGUGGUCUCGACGCCCUACACCCUGCAGCUGAUGGACUCGCUGCCGGCGCGAGAGCUGCGCCUCAAGGACUUCGCCGAUCGGUGCCAGGGCAUUGUGAACGAAGCCAUGAAGUGGGCGCCGCGAUCCACGCGCUCGCACCUACAGGAGUAUCCCAACCAGAUCCCCACGCCCGUGCUGGCUCACCACAGCGGACUGGCGCUGGCCUUCGACUCGGUGGUGAGCAGCAGUGCCCAGCACACGGGCACCAUGAGCAAGCGGCCGAGCUGCGUCAACUCCGACACGCCCAGAUUCGUAUCGGUGUUGUGCCUGAGGAGCAAAUACGCCGGUGAGAUCAGUGGCCUGCUGUCCGUACUUAGCGAGAAGGAUAAAGCCGGCCUGGCGGACCGACUGGUCAGCGAUGUGUGGGAGGCGUGUGCCGAGAAGAGCGACGCCCGCCAUCGUGGCGCCCUUUGGCGUGCCACCGCCUACCUGAUCAUAUGCUCGGAGAUCAGCAGAAAACUGCUGCACGCGGUGGCCAGUUCGCAGCUGGAGCUGUUCACCGAAUCGGCGAUGGAGACCGCCGUUGAGUGCUGGCAGUGGGUGCUGACUGCCCGCCAGGAUCUGGAGCUGUGCUUCAUCCAGGAGAUGGUCAGCGCCUGGCAGACGACAUUCGAGAAGCGAAUGGGCUUGUUUGCAUGGGAGACGGAGGUCACCAAUCCCCUGGCCGCCUACGAAGGCUGCAAGCUGGUCAGCAAGCCCAUACUGAUCACGCCCCAUCUGAUUUGGCUGCAGCUGCUCUCCGAAAUGGUGGACACAGCCAAGUAUUGCAACAGGGACAAGGUGGAGAUGUUCUGCCUCCUGCUGCACCGAUGUCUUCCCGUUCUCAAGAGUAGCAAACAGAACCGCCAGGUGUCCACCGUUGGCUGUCGCUUCAAGCUGCUGCAGUGCGGACUGUCGCUGCUGCAGGGCAACACCAUUCCGAAGUCGCUCUCCAGAAAUAUCCUGCGCGAGCGGAUAUACUCGAACGCACUGGACUACUUCUGCGGACCACCCACGUGUCCCAAUCAGAGCAGGGAGCAGCUACUGGAGGACAUAAUGAUACUGCUGAAGUUCUGGCAGACGAUGCGCAGUGAAAAGAAGCAUCUGGUCACCUCGGAAGUGGGCGACUACGACUUGACAAAUGCCUCCGUGAGCUCCACGCAAAUGCUGGCCGUGAGAAAUAAUCCGGAGACGGCCUCACUGAUCAGCGGCGGUGGGCUAGUCAACGACUACACGCGCUCCAUGAGUGCCAGUGGCAAUGCGGUGGGCAUGGGCAUGGGUGUAGCGGGCGGCGGGAGCAGCAGCGGCUGGUACAACACCAUUCCGCACUCCACGUCCACGCUGUCGAAGCGAUCGAAUCGCUCCAAGCGGCUGCAGUACCAGAAGGAUUCCUACGACAAGGACUACAUGAAGAAGCGCAAUCUGAUCCUUGAGUUGCUGGCCGUCGAGCUAGAGUUCCUCAUUACCUGGUACAAUCCCAACAGUCUGCCGGAUCUUAUAGUGCCGGGCGAGGAACAGAUCACGGAAUGGCGCAACCGGCCGUACAAGCCGAACGUUUGGCGGGACUACGCGCGUCUCGCCUGGUGCUAUAACCCGGCGCUGGCUGUCUUCCUACCGCAGCGGAUCAAGAACGCGGAGAUCAUUGAUGAGGAGGUGUCGCGGCUGGUCUGCUCCGAUCCCAUAGCGGUGUGCCACAUUCCCGAGGCGCUCAAGUACCUGUGCACCACCAAGAACCUGCUGCAGGAGAGCCCGGAUCUGGUGUACAUUCUCUCGUGGUCGCCAGUGACGCCCAUCCAUGCGCUCGCCUACUUCUCGCGGCAGUAUCCAUCGCAUCCGCUGACAGCUCAGUACGCCGUGAAGACCCUCUCCUCGUAUCCGGCGGAGUCGGUGCUGCCGUACAUCCCGCAGCUGGUCCAAGCACUGCGACACGACACCAUGGGCUAUGUGGUGGAGUUCAUCAAGAAUAUAUCGCGGCGGUCGCAGAUAGUGGCGCACCAGCUGAUCUGGAACAUGCAGACGAACAUGUACAUGGACGAGGAUCAGCAGCACAGGGAUCCCAAUCUGUACGAGGCACUCGACCAGCUAUCGCAAAGUAUUAUCGCAUCGUUCUCGGGCGCCGCCAAGCGGUUCUACGAGCGGGAGUUCGACUUCUUCGGCAAGAUAACGGCCGUCUCCGGCGAGAUUCGAUCGUUUGCCAAGGGCAUUGAGCGGAAGAACGCAUGCCUGGCGGCGCUCAGCAGGAUCAAGGUGCAGGGCGGCUGUUAUCUGCCCUCCAAUCCGGAGGCCAUGGUCCUGGAUAUCGACUACAGCAGCGGCACGCCGAUGCAAAGUGCAGCCAAGGCGCCGUAUUUGGCCAGAUUCCGGGUGUAUCGUUGCGGCAUCACGGAGCUGGAGACGCGCGCCAUGGAGGUGUCCAACAAUCCGAACUCCCAGGAGGACGCCAAGAUGACGCUGGGCGUGGAGUCGUGGCAGGCCGCCAUUUUCAAGGUGGGCGACGAUGUGCGCCAGGACAUGCUGGCGCUCCAGGUGAUCACCAUCUUCAAGAACAUCUUCCAGCAGGUGGGACUCGAUCUGUUCCUCUUCCCCUACCGCGUUGUGGCCACCGCUCCGGGCUGCGGCGUCAUCGAGUGCGUGCCGAAUGCCAAGUCGAGGGAUCAACUCGGCCGACAGACGGACAGUGGACUCUCCGAGUAUUUCCAGCAUCAGUACGGCGACGAGAGCUCCAAGGAGUUCCAGGCGGCGCGCGCAAACUUUGUCAAGUCCAUGGCGGCCUACUCGUUGAUCGGCUAUCUGCUCCAGAUCAAGGAUCGCCACAAUGGCAACAUCAUGAUCGACAAGGAUGGCCACAUCAUACACAUAGAUUUUGGCUUUAUGUUCGAGUCGUCGCCAGGUGGUAAUAUCGGCUUCGAGCCGGACAUGAAGCUGACCGACGAAAUGGUCAUGAUCAUGGGCGGCAAGAUGGACUCGCCGGCCUUCAAGUGGUUCUGCGAGCUGUGCGUGCAGGCCUUCCUCGCCGUUCGUCCGUACCAGGACGCAAUCGUCUCGCUGGUAUCCCUGAUGCUGGACACUGGACUGCCCUGCUUCCGCGGCCAGACGAUCAAUCUGCUGAAGCAGCGCUUCGUGGCCACCAAGAACAACAAGGAGGCGGCCGCCCACAUGCUGGCCGUCAUCCGCAACUCGUACCAGAACUUCCGCACGCGUACCUACGACAUGAUCCAGUACUACCAGAACCAGAUACCCUACUAAACCCAAGUUGCAGGCACCUCGCGUUCGUUGUUGUUUGGCCAAAAGACACUUAAAA